AUGAACACUUUCAAGAGAAAAACAGAGAAAACGACCUUGCUUCUCAUUAAACGCCGAGUAACUAACUGUGUGGUACAGGCGGCACUCACCGCUACCGAUAACAACAAAUAUCAUGUCAAAUUUCCAGCACAUUACUUCUCCACGGGGUUUAUUAAGCAACAGCAGCCGCAGCAGCAACAGCCAUCGCAGGGGGGGCCGCCGCCGCCGCCGCCGCCGCCCGCCGCCCCCUCCUCGCUGCCGCCGGCCGGGCACCAGAUCGUGCACGUCAGGGGCGACUCGGAGACCGACCUGGAGGCGCUGUUCAACGCCGUCAUGAACCCCAAGGGCGCCAACGUGCCGCAGUCGGUGCCCAUGCGGCUCCGCAAACUGCCCGACUCCUUCUUCAAGCAGCCGGAGCCCAAGUGCCACUCCCGCCAGGCGAGCAGCGACGGCUCCAACCCGGCGCAGGCCCCGCCGGGGCUGCAGGGGCAGCACGUCCGGGCUCACUCCUCGCCCGCCUCCCUGCUCAGCGCCGCCGCCGCCGCCGCUGCAGCCGCCGCAGCCGCCGCCGCCUCUUCGUCCAACGCCACCUCCAGCUCAGCCUCGCCCGCCCUGGCCCCCCCCCCUCAGGGGGCAGCCCCCCCCUCCUCUCACCUCCGACAGCCCUCCUACGAGUAUCCCGACGACGUGCCGCUCCCUCCCGGCUGGGAAAUGGCCAAAACGCCCUCUGGGCAGAGAUACUACUUGAAUCACGUUGAUCAGACGACAACAUGGCAAGACCCCAGGAAAACCAUGCCCGUGUCUGUGUCUGUGCCCGCCAGCCCCGUGUCUGUGCAGCAGAACCUAAUGAACACCACACCUUCAGGCCCAUUUCCCGAUGGCUGGGAGCAAGGCAUGACCCCUGAUGGGGAGAUUUACUACAUAAACCACAAGAACAAGACCACCUCUUGGUUGGACCCAAGGCUUGAUCCUCGCUUUGCAAUGGACCAGCAAAGAUUGACUCAGAGCGCUCCUGUCAAACCAACCUCCUCCAUGGGCCCUCAUAGUCCUCACAGUCCACAGGGAGGGGUGAUCUCUGGCUCCAACAAACAGCAACAGAUGAGGCUUCAGCAGCUUCAGUUUGAGAAGGAGAGACUUCGAUUGAAACAUCAAGAGCUCCUCCGACAGCACGAUAAGGAGUGGCUCCCAGGAAGCUGUAGAGCGCAUGUUGACGCACCAGUAGAUGGCAGACUGGGGUUCAGCAUGUAUUCUAAUGGCAGUGAAAUAGCCUUGCGCAAUCAACUACCAACCAUGGAGCAAGAUGGCGGUUCUCAGAAUGUAGUCUCUUCGCCUGCUAUGGGCCAGGAUGUCAGGACAAUGACAACGAACAGUUCAGAUCCAUUCCUUAACAGUGGAACAUACCAUUCCCGGGACGAGAGCACUGACAGUGGACUCGGAAUGAGCAGUUAUAGUGUACCCAGAACUCCUGAUGAUUUCCUUAACAGUGUUGAGGAAAUGGACACAGGUGAAAGUCUUGGUCCAAAUAAUAUGGCCUCUCAGCAAAACCGUUUCCCAGACUACUUAGAAACUAUCCCUGGUACGAACGUGGACCUCGGAACGCUGGAGGGAGAAAGCAUGAAUGUAGAAGGGGAAGAAUUGAUGCCAAGCCUGCAGGAGGCACUAAGCUCUGACAUCCUCAAUGACAUGGAGUCUGUCCUCGCUGCCACAAAGCUAGACAAAGAAAGUUUCCUUACAUGGCUAUAGGGACUUUGAUCAAAUUAGACUGCCUUUGAAUCUGUGAAGGAUAUGAACACUUGAGACAUUUUUCUCACUUCUUGUUCAGGGCUUUAACUGAAUUCUAUUUCUUCCUCUGAUGCAAGAUUGAAUAGACUCUAAACAGUUAUAAAUGAUUCAGCUGUAAGUUUCACACAUUGUAAAGCUGUGAUUUGUUUUUUUUAAAAAAACAGCUAUACAACAUUCGUCUAUUUUUUCUAUGAAGAGUCAGAGGACAUGCCUAUUGAUUUUUUUNCCUGGUUUUGACCCUUCUGAUUUUCAUACUUUUUGUAUGUACAUAGGCUGUUCCGCAUGUAACCCUUUCACAUAUAUUUGAUCUGCACUGCUCGUGCAUUUGAACCUUUUCAAAUAGGGUUUGGUUUUCCUGCAAUUUUCAAGUCUGUUUCUUCCCUUCCCCCAAAGAACUGAAGCAGAUGACUGGUAGUAAUUUUCUAGACUGAUGACUUUUCCUGAGGAGGAAAAUAUGCUGUGCUAGCAAACCCGCUCAAUGGGGUGUUCUCCGAGACUUAAGACAAUUCAGAGCUCUUUGCCUUUAACUUGCAAUUAAGUGCCUUCAUCCAGUUUUCAAGCUUUGUUGUAUCUUGCAUCCAAAAAUGCUGCCUUUAUGGACCUUUUUAGACACAGUCUUCCAUUUAACACUAUGCACCACCAUAACUUGGUUCACUCUACUUUUGAUGAACUGUUUGGUAACUGGUAGAUUUCACGCAAACAAUUCUCCAAUUAAUUCUGGGAAUUGAGUGAUUUUAAACUUUUAAACUGUUGGAUUCAUGUAGUCUUAUUUAAAUAUGAAAAGAAUGACAAUGUUUUUAAUACAGUACUUGUACAUGUGUCCUUUAUAGACCGAUCGAUACCUGCUGAUUAUAUUGUUGGACGUGUACGUUUGUUCUGUAGUUUCUGUCAAAAUUGCUUUAGUUAAAAUUGGAAGUAGUUUUUUUUCAUUGCAGUGGAUGCGCAGAGGGUUAUUUUUUUAACCAGAUGUCCUAAAGCAUUUUUGGUUUUAUACAAACUUAAAGAAAGAAUAAGCCUUGAACUUGGUUUGCAGGUUGCAGGGUAAGGGGGGAGGGUAAAGCUUAAUUAUAUUAACUGUUAGAUGGUUAGAACAAUAGGUAGUGUGAAGAGUACUAUAUAUUACUGUAGUGAAUGAUUAGGUGGGGUUAAAGGUUCUAAGGACAUAUAUGUAUAUUAUACAAGUAAGAAACUAUUAGUUUUAAAAGAUGUGAUAAAUCAGCGGGAGUUUUGUGAUCAAAAAGGUCUCCAAAGAGUAUUCCCUUUUACGAUAAAGUUCAUGAACCUAUUCUGCCCCAUAAUUUGUUUUCUAAUUAUGAGCUGCUGAACAAGUUUAUAGGUUUUGACUACAGUGAGUGUAGUUUGAUUUUAAACGGUAAAGUUCAUGUUACUUCUGCUUUGAGUAAUCUUUUUAUGUAGGUACUGCUAGACAUGCCUGAGGAAGGUUUGUAGCAUUUUCCAGUAUUGCUAAGUCCUCCUUGGUUUUCCCAUUUCUUGCUCACUCCUUGGCGAUACUGCUGCUUUCAGAUUCCAUCCGGGCAAAGAACAAAAGACCUAUUUGCCACAUCUGCUUUCUGUACAUGGGCCACCAAGUUAAUAGUCACCGUUUCUCAGGCUACUUUUUUUUUUAAGUUCUUUUGUAAUUUUGAGUCCUAGCAUUUUAUUUAUUGAAAUUUCUUCAUUUGUCACUUAAAGUGUUUGAGCUUUGAUUUAGCUUCAAAGGUGACUCCUUGGAUAGCUUAGUCAGUUGAGAGUCAGACCCAAGACUACAAGAUUCCAGGCUUAAAUCUUAUUGGAUCUACUCAGCUCUUCACCUUUAGAAAUUGAACAACAUGUAUCAUCUAUAGUUUGGGAAAUGAGCAGUCUCACUGGGGUUGAAAUUUUGUGGUGAAGACAUUGCCAGGCCGGUCUGCAGUAAUCCAAUGACAUGUUAGUGGUUAUCCAGCUGAAAUGGGUAUGUUGACCUUAGCUGAACGAGUACCAUGAAACAUAUUGGUAAUCUGAUCAAUUAUUGUUAUAGUAAUUAUUGAAGGAUUGAGAAAGUCCUUUUUUUAAAAAAAAAGUAGGGAUAUUUGUUAUUAGAAAUGUUAUGAAUGGACAAAUUUGUUUCCAAUCAUUCACUAUGCAGGUUGUGUUUCUCCACGAGGGAAAACAAAGAAAAUUUCAACAUUCAGUCACCUUUUUUUGAGAAAGCAAUACUCAAUAAUGCACAUAAAACUAAUUUGACCUUAAAAAGUAUCAUGUCAUAGUGGGGGGGGAGGAUAUUGCCCCCCCCAUUAUGUCCCCUGUUCCAUGCCUUUAAAUGGAAGUGAGAAUUUUGUUCUUUAUUCCUGCCCUUUUGUCUUUAAUGGAUGUUAAUUGGACUGAUUGCAUUGUUCUUAGUAUACAAGCCACAAAGGAAACAAAAUUAUUGCUUUCAAUGGCUGUGGACAGAGGGCAAGGAAGUGGUUGUAAUUACUGUAUUUUUAAUUUUUAAUUUGGUUGGUGACCUACGUUGUUUUACUGGUAGGAGAUGAGAACCGAUCAGUGUUGGAACUAAAGCAAUGCAACAAAAUGUUUCAAUUUACAAAAUAUUUUCAAAUGUUCUGUGGAAUUGUACAGUUUUGCACAUGCAUAAUGAAAUCUAACUGAACAUGGCUAGCCUUUCGCCUAGACAUCUUUAUAUAGACAGAAUGUGCAUUAGGUAUAAGUAGAACACUGACAUUUCGCUGUCUUGUGAUAGUGCAGUUAACGUGCAAAAUUAUUUUAUAUCAGAAGAGUACUGAUAAGUGCACAUAUACUUGUUCAAUUUAUAUUCAAUAAUGUUUUUUUAGGUGUACCAGCAUGCCAGUAUAUAGAUGCAUACAGUAAAUCCGGUUACAUUUUAUUUCUGUAUGUAAUACUUUGCCACUGGUUCGUGAUGGUUCAUGUGGUAUAAAAUAUAUUCUUUGUGGUAAA